AUGGUCGUUGCAUGCUCUUCGGAAGAACGUAUCGGGGAGUUGGACCUGAACGUGGCCGAACCAUUCACAGAGUGCGAGCUCCGAUCGGGAACUUCCGUGUCGUCUUUCAUCGUUCAAUACUGGCCGUUGGCGGCCUUACUGCUUGUCCUGCUGCGGAGCUCAGCGCUCGGGUCCGAGUUUCCCCACCACCACAGCGGCCCCGGCGGAGUGGUGGUGCUCUACCACAAGGAGUCCCCUUUCUCCGGAGGGGACCGCGGGAGGACCAACGGCCACUUCCCCAAGAGCAAGCACGGCUCCACUUCGCUGGUGCCCGCGGCCUCCAUAUUACCCUCGGGCUUUGUCCACGGGCGACCGGCGUGUGCUAGGGACUUGGACUUGUGUGUCUUCAACCACGACUACCCCAUAGACAAGGUGCAGUCGAUCGUGGACCGGUACUACAACCAGAUGUACGACCUGCACCACACGCUGUACAAGACGCCGCCGCACGAGGUGCAGUGGGUGGAGAACUACACCCUGGCCUUUGCCCAGGAGAAGCAGCACGGCAGCUUCGUGUGCCGCUCCGAGGCCGUCUACCUGCGCAUCGGCUGGGCCAAGAACUGGAAGGGCCUCUGGCUGACCGUCGUCAACACCGAACGCUUCCCGCAAGUCACGCGCGUCGAAAAGUGCAAGUACCGGGGCAAGCCGUGCGACUACAUGGUGCCCUGCUACAAGUCAUCGUGCAAGCAGCGCGAGAUGCUCUUCCCGCUAAUCGCCGUCAACCCGUACGACCCGGGACAGAAGCCCAGCAUCGAGCUGUUCCCCAUCCCCAGCGGAUGCGUUUGCUACGUCGACGAUUUCCGGUUCCACUGA